AAGAAGCCCUACUCGGCCGUCACGGUCACCAUCGAGACGCUCACCUCCGAAGCCUACGACGAAGACGACCUGAGCGGCAUCCCCGACCUUGUCGAGGUCAUCACCAUCCAGGCCUCGGGGCCGACCGAGGCCGCGCGCGCCAUCCGCAAGAAGCUCAAGUACGGCAACGUCCACCGCCAGCUCCGCGCCCUCGUCCUGCUCGACGGCCUGAUCCAAAACGCCGGCCCGCGCUUCACGCGCACCUUUGCCGACGAACCCCUGCUCGAGCGGCUGCGCGUCUGCGGCACCUCCGACCUCUCGGACCCCGAGGUGCGCAAAAAGUGCCGCGAGCUCUUCAGCAGCUGGUCGCAGUACGGCAACAAGCCUGGCCUCGAGAGGAUCGCGCGCCUGCACAAGGAGCUGCCGAAGCGCAAGGUGACGGUCACGCAGGAGCGGUCGCGCGUCCUCAAGGAGACGGAGAACCCCUUUGGCGACGAGGAAGACGACGAGCCGGCUUCGCCCAAGUCCCCGUCUCCGCCUGCCGCGGGGCCGUCCGGCAGCGGUUCCAUAUUCGGAGGAAGCUCCAGCUCCGACAAGAAGAAGCGCAGCAGCAAGGCCAAGAGCAAGCGGAAGCCCUUCAACCUCGAGGCCGAAAAGGAGCAGAUGAAGUCCGUCAUUGCAGAGUCUUCGCUGGCGGCAACCAACUUGCUCAACGUGCUGCAGACGAUCAACCGUGAAAAGGAGCGCAUAUCCGACAACAGCCUGGCCGUCGAGAGGUUCGAGUCGUGCAAGAUUCUUCGCAGGAAGGUGUUGCGCUUUAUUCAUCACGUCGAUCACGAGCAGUGGCUGGGGCCUUUGCUCCACGCCAACGAUGAGCUGGUUCACGCCCUCAUGACCUUUGAGCAGCUCGACCAGUCCGUGGACGCCGACAGCGACUCUGACGAUGAACUCGCAGAGCAAGCCCAUCUCUACCGAAGUAAGAAUCAACCCACCCCCUUUUUGUCAUCCACAUUCUCUCGUCAUGUAAUCUGA